AAUGAACGGUCGUGUCAGUCGGUUGCUUUGGGCGUAUAGUAUAUUUUGCGUAAACUAAUUGAUUUUAUCUAAUUAAAUUAAAGUGAAUCAUUGUGACAUCUAUGCAAUUGUGAUGUGAGCCAUGUUAAUUAUAAUUGUGCCAACAUUAAUUGUAGUGACUUCAAAAUAGGGGGUGUAACAGAAAACAAAAAUGGCUUCGGGAGAUUGUGAUCAUAUAGAAGUGAUGGAACUAUCAGUGACGAAAAAGGCGGAUAUGGCAUCAGGCCCUUCUGGUUCCGAGGAUGAUGAUCGCGAUAGACUCUCGAUCGCUGAAAAGAAUGUUCCGUACGAUCCAGCGGUGGGACCUUCGGGGGCUAUCGGCAAAGUGCACAAGUCGGACCGAAAGAUUGGGCAUCGUCGUGUGGGUGAAGGAGGCGAGAUUACCUAUAAGAAGAUUCAGUCUUCGCAGAUCAUGGGAUCCAUACAAUUGGGAAUCCAACACGCCAUCGGAGGUUUAGCGUCGAAGCCGGAACGUGAUCUCCUGAUGCAAGACUUCAUGACGGUGGAGACAACGAACUUUCCAAGUGAAGGGUCUAACCACACGCCGGCUCACCAUUACUCGGAGUUUAAGUUCAAGACAUACGCCCCUAUCGCGUUUAGGUACUUUCGUGAUCUCUUCGGGAUCCAACCGGAUGAUUUUUUGAUGUCCAUGUGCAGUGCACCUCUCCGUGAACUGAGCAAUCCAGGUGCAUCCGGAAGCAUCUUCUACCUCACCAACGACGACGAGUUCAUCAUCAAAACUGUUCAGCAUAAGGAGGGCGAGUUCUUGCAGAAGCUACUUCCGGGUUAUUAUUUGAAUUUGGAUCAGAAUCCGCGUACUCUCCUGCCGAAGUUCUUCGGUCUCUACUGUUACCAAUGUAAUAGUAAGAAUGUCAGAUUGGUGGCGAUGAAUAACAUUCUGCCUUCAGCUGUUAAAUUGCAUCAGAAAUAUGACUUGAAAGGAUCCACUUAUAAGAGAAAGGCGAGCAAAUCCGAGCGCGUGAAGAACUCACCGACUUACAAAGACCUGGAUUUCAUGGAGCAUCACACCGAGGGAAUCUUCCUCGAGGCGGAUACGUACACGGCACUUAUUAAGACCAUGCAACGGGAUUGUCGGGUGUUGGAGAGUUUUAAGAUCAUGGAUUACUCUCUUCUCGUGGGAAUACACAACUUGGACGAGGCCCAAAGGGAGAAGACCGAAGCGAGAAAGAGAAAUGACUCGCAUAGCGAUGACGAGGAUGGAGACAGGAAGGGGCUAAAUAGGACUCGAUCUGAACAAAGUCAGGACGAGUUCAAGGCGCAAGUGAAAAGGACACAGUCUAUAAAUCGUCAAAGGCUCGUCGCACACUCCACGGCCAUGGAGAGCAUUCAGGCGGAGAGCGAGCCAAUUGAUGAAGAAGAGGAUGUGCCUCCUGGUGGGAUUCCGGCAAGAAACGCGCGUGGGGAACGUCUUCUACUGUUUAUUGGUAUCAUUGACAUACUCCAGUCUUACCGACUCAGGAAGAAACUUGAGCACACGUGGAAGAGCAUGAUACAUGAUGGGGACACUGUCUCAGUGCAUAGACCCAGCUUCUACGCGCAGCGAUUUCUAGAUUUCAUGGCGAAGACUGUCUUCAAGAAGAUACCUUCGUUGGACCUUCCGGAAAUCAAGGGAAAUCAUCGCAAGUUCAGAACGCUCGUCACCAGUUAUAUAGGUCUAACACUGAAACACUCGCCGUCGAAGAGGAAAAGCAUCGCGAGGCCAGCCAGAGCUAUCGAGGAAGUCGACACCCCAGGACGAUUGUACGUACGACCGAUCAAGGAUUAUAAUCCGGAUUUUAUGAGAAUCAGAUCGCCUAGGUCUUCAGUGAGAUCUAGUUUGAGCGAUUUUACAGAUACGACUAUAUCAACAUAUCAGAGACAACAAAUCACAACUGAAUAUCCAUCAGUUUUAUCCGAUAGAUUGAAAAUUGAUAGGCCGUUCAGAAGAAUUGAUUUCGAUCCAAAUUUACAAAUUCGUGAACCUGGGACUUCGUAUGAUGAAAAUAUGUAUAGGAUCAGAGAAAUGGAUACAUUAUCUGAUCAGCUGACUAAAGUAUUAAGUACCGGAGCGGGUAGUUCUCAUAUAAACGGUAGUCUGGCUGAUAGUGGUAUUCAAACAGAUAACACUAGUACAAGCGUACCACAGAUAUUUAAUGAAUCACAGUCAGUGAAAACAGUUAAAGAUGCGGCGGUGGAUACGAGAAAUGAUGAUAAUCUCCAAGAUAUACCAUUUAUAGAUGAAGAGGAAUUUGAGAAGAAACGUAAUGUCUUAGAGAAACAUAAAAGUACGUCGAAUAUACCAGAGAUAAUAGAAACCAAGAAUGAGAGGCUGUCUAUGAGUCUCAAUAGGGCGAAAUCUCCGACGUUUGUCGAGAAAUUUAAAAAGUUUUUCAUGGAUAUAGGACUGGUGAAAGCGGAAAGCACGCCCAAUACAGAUGUUCAAGCAAAUACAUUGCGCAUGUCAAGUGGACAUGCAAGAAGUGUUUCACCAAAUACUUUUGAACCAAGAGAAUCCUCGACUUUACCGAAAGAUAUGAGGUUUCGUAAAGUAAGAUCAACACAAACUGUCUAUAUUAAACCAGAAUCUCCAUUACCGGAAAUACCUAAGGAAACGGAACCACCUAAACCAGAACACGUGUCUGUGGUUAAGUUAAAUGGCGAUGAAUAUAUAAAAGAUUCCGAAUCUGAGCGAGUUAUUAAGGAAGUCGUCUAUGUAAAAAGCUUGGAUAAAUCCGCAAUUUAUUCCGGCAAAGAUAGUGGGAGUACUAUUAUCUUUGUUCCGCCAGCGGACUGAUAGAUUAAAGGACAUGAUCGCUUAAUCACUAGAGGGGACAUCCGCGCCUGACCCCUUCUAUUGUCACGUUAGAGAAGAAAAUUACAAAGCCAGUGACAAGUUAAACUUAUAUCAAUACUAUUUAUUGUACAUGAGGAUUUGUACUCCUAACCGCUUUUGCGUUUAUAUACUUAAUCAAACCUCUAUAUAUUUUUCUGCUACAAAAAUGUUGUGGCUAUUAGAGUUAUGGGCUCGAAUGCCUCACCAUCUUUAUAGGUAGGCAUUCAAGACUAGCUUUUAGGUAUUAUAGAAAAUUGUGUAUUCGAUAUUUUGAGUAGUUACUUGUAUUGUCAAAAUUAUUCUGAAUUUAAUUUAUAUUUUUAUUUACAUGUAUAUAUAAGCGAUGGGGCAGGACCCGUUUCGACACAAAUGUCUGCAGUUAUAUUUCUACAUAUAUGCUUUUAACUUAAGUAUUUAUUUUUACACAUUUUUCGACAAUGAAUUUCGGCACAUGUGUUCUACUUUCUGAAAUUAAUAAAUCAUGCUGAAAACACUUCCUGUUAAAGAAAUACAGAUUUCCUGACAUCUCUUGCUGUUGUAUUUUACAAAACCUUUAGGUUCAUCAGACUAAUGUCUGAUCAUUUACGCUGUUAAAAGACCCUAAGUGAUGAUAAAUCUACAGACGCUACCUUGGCUAAAAAAACUCAUUGUCCAAAAAGCUAUUUCUUGAAGACCAUAAUAUUCUAAACCAUUCGAUUGGCAUAGCAGCGCUUAAAGCGAGUUUGUGGUUUGUAUAACCAUUGGCCCUAAGUCCCUUUAAACCUCAUGAUGAUGAGAGAGUAUCGGCAUGUGCAAGAUUAUUCAUUUCCCCUAUGCUGUUUAUAAUUCUAUCCCCUUUCGAUGUUGGCUAUCAUCAUAGUGUUUUGACCAAACCACUGUGUAAGGUUUUUCAUCCAAGACGUGCGUCUGCGGCCAGGUCUCCUUCGACCUGCCACUUAGCCUUUGUCAGUGUCGAAAUGGCUGUAUCGAAUGAGAUUUAUUUCUGUUACCUUGAUCACAAAGAAUUUACUAUAAAUUUAUUUAUUUUAUUAGAUUAUAGAUUAGGUUCGUAAAAGCAAUUUAUAUACAAUUUUAGUACAUAGCUGAUUUUAGUUGAAUUUAUUUAUCUUAAAAUAUGUUAAUGGCCCCGAAAAUCUUGAAUAAGAGAUCCAAAGUUGAUCCAAUGAAAUAUAUUUUUUUUAUAGAACAGGGCCCAAUCGGGCAGGAGGCUCACCUGAUGUUAAGUGAUACCGCCGCCCAUGGACACUCGAUGCUAGAGGGCUCGCGAGUGCGUUGCCGGCAUUUUAAGAAGUUGUACGCUCUUUUCUUGAAAGACCCUAAGUCGAAUUGAUUUGGAAAUACUUCAGUGGGCAGCUGGUUCCUCAGUUACUAAAAAUCAAAAAUAUCAUAAAAUCUACAGUUACUAUUAAUCCGUUGGCUCUGCGACUCGAGUGUCUUGUUCGAAACGAGAAACAUCUGGAAUUUCUUGUGUUAACUCCUGACUAUACAUUUACUGUCUUGUGAUAACUCCGCCAAUUACCGGCUUAAAUUACUUACGAGUUCAUUUAUAUACAAUUAUUCUGCUAUUUUUAUCUCUCUCCUACGGAGGGAAAACAAACAUUCGGCCAAAUCCGGCAAAAGUUGAUCCAACCGUAGUCGAUGGCCGAGAGGUAUAUAGGUAUAUAGAUAUCCGUAUCAAUUCGACUUGCGGGACCCCAAUAUCUGGGGGAUCAAGGGGAUAUCAAAGAGCUUACCGAUUCUUAAAAAUAAUUUUUAUUCUCACACAGUCCGUGGGUGGUCACUUAACAUCGGCAAAUCACUCUCGUUUGCCCCCUGUUAUAUAAAAAUAUUUUUCCUUGCUCUCAAUAUCAUGUUCCAACUUCCACUUGGUAUAAAAACAUUUUUGUGGCCAUUUUCAGACAGUUACAUAAGUAUACCAAAAAGACAGCAUUGUAUAAUCUGAGAUGUCAGAUGUUAUUGAUAUUAUAUGAUGUAAAGUGUAAAUGUUAUUAAAUGAGAUUUUAAUUGAAUUUUUUUUUUUUUAAACCUCGUCAAUACGUGUACGGUGUAGUGUAGGCCUAAUAAAGUUAGAAGUCAUCUAAAAGAUAAUAGAGGAAUACGCUCGAAAAUAAUCUUUAUUGGGACCAUCGCUAUUCAAUAAAAUUGUGAACAUAUAGCAGUUGGAAUCGUCGACGACCAGUCACUUUCCUAGCGGCUUGAUCCCUUGGCCUUGUAGAGUUGUGCAUCUUCAUUUACCACAGUGUUUGUAAGUGUUUUGAUUAAUACCUGCCGCUUAGUUUCUUGUAUCCUUUAUCUACAAGUGAGCGUUUAGUGGGCACCACCACUAUCUGAAACCAGCUGCCCACUGCAGUAAUUGCGAGCAAAUUCGACUUGGGACCGUUCAGCGGCAGUAUCACUUAUCAUCAGAUGAGCCUUAUAUAUACUUAUUCACGCAUAGUUGCACGACUUUUACGUGGUACAAUAAUGUAAUGUUACCCGCAACACUAGGAGCUUUCUAAGUGGGGUAUGUAGAUCUAUUUUGACAUCAGUACAUCUGCCAUGAGGGCCAGGGCGGUACCACACGUUUCCGCUGUGGAGAAGCUCUGGGCAUCGACUAUCGGAACAUCCAGCUUUAGGUGAUGGACACACAGGCUUCCUUUCGUAUUCUGGGGGGGAUACAAUUGCGCUGAAAAACUCAAAACUUGUCCGAACCAAUUCGACUUAGAGUCAAAAAUCGUACCAAUUCAUAAAAAGGUUGGCAUCGCAAAUUAAUAUUAUUUGUGACAUCGCCAGUGUUAUUUUUCCAAAUGCCCUAAUAAUAUAUAAUAAAUUAAUUAAAAUUGAUCUUGGGUGAAUUCUUAGUUUAUGGUAUAUUAAUUUACAGCUUGCCAUACAGUAAAAUAAGGGCUGAAAAGUUACUGUGAUUAAAAUAUUGACAAUAAUCGCCAACUGUACAUAAAAAACGGAAUUGAAUGGCAGGCAAUGACUCGUACUCGGGUCGUUGACCUGCUCUGUAGUUACUUAAGUAUGAAAUUCAAAAUAAUUUACUAUAAUAUCUACAUACAA